AUGAGCGGUGCAGCUCUGGGCCUUGAGAUAGUAUUUGUCUUUUUUCUGGCCUUGUUCCUACUUCAUCGGUAUGGAGACUUCAAGAAACAGCAUCGACUGGUGAUCAUAGCAACAUUACUGGCUUGGUAUCUUUGCUUUCUUAUUGUAUUCAUACUGCCUCUGGAUGUCAGUACGACUAUUUAUAAUCGGUGCAAGCUUGCUGUCAACUCCAGUCCUGCUGAAAAAAAAUCUUAUGUUACGCUUGCUCCAAGUAAGCAAAAGUGUUUCAAACCAUGGAGUUAUAUUCCUAACGGAAUUAUGCCAAUUUUCUGGCGUGUUGUAUAUUGGACAUCACAGUUCUUGACCUGGAUUCUGCUGCCAUUCAUGCAGUCAUAUGCUAGAUCAGGAGGGUUCUCCAUUACUGGAAAGAUUAAAACUGCGUUGAUUGAGAAUGCAAUCUAUUAUGGCACUUACUUACUGAUUUUUGGAGCAUUUUUAAUAUACGUCGCGGUAAACCCAAACUUCAAUUUACAAUGGAAUCAACUUCAGACGAUUGGGAUAGCUGCUGCAAACACAUGGGGUCUUUUUCUUCUUGUGUUGCUUUUGGGUUAUGGCUUGGUGGAAAUUCCCCGUUCUCACUGGAAUGGGGCCAAGAGGGGUUAUCUACUCAUGAAGACCUAUUUCAAAGCUGCCAAACUUAUGACUGAAAAAGCAGAUGCAGAGGAGAAUUUAGAGGAUAUUAUGGAGGAAGUCCGUAAAGUAAGCGAGAGUAUCAAGUAUAAUCACCCUUUGAGAAAAUGUGUUGAUACAAUACUGAAAAAGUGUCCUACUGAGUAUCAGGAGAGAAUGGGUAGGAACAUGGAUGAUUAUGAAGAUUUUGAUGAAAGACAGAACAGUUACCCAAGUGAAAAAAGUUUGGUGAAACUUCACAAGCAGGUAAUCUAUUCAGUACAGAGACAUCGCCGUACACAGGUUCAGUGGCAAAUUCUCUUAGAACAAGCGUUUUAUCUAGAAGAUGUGGCAAAAAAUGAAAGCAGUGCAACUCGACAGUUUGUUCAUACCUUUCAUUCCCAGGAACCAGAGAAUAAAAUUAUUCAGUAUUUAUACACACCAACAGUUGAGUGGUACUGGGAAUGUCUUCUACGACCAUGGUUUUACAGGGUGCUUGCAGUUGUUCUGGCCACAUUCUCUGUAAUUGUUGUGUGGUCAGAAUGCACAUUUUUCAGCACAAACCCUGUUUUAUCGCUGUUUGCAGUUUUCAUACAGCUGGCAGAGAAGACAUACAAUUAUAUAUACAUAGAGAUGGCUUGUUUUCUUACAAUCUUUUUCCUAAGUAUCUGUGUUUACUCUACUGUCUUCAGGAUCCGUGUAUUUAACUAUUAUUACUUAGCUUCACAUCAUCAGACAGAUGCUUACAGUCUCCUUUUCAGUGGCAUGUUAUUUUGCCGUCUUACUCCACCAUUAUGCUUGAACUUUUUGGGCUUGACCCACAUGGAUGCAACAAUCUCUCACAAAAACACUCAGCCAACUGCUUAUACAUCUAUAAUGGGAUCCAUGAGGGUGCUGUCCUUCAUUGCAGAUGGAUUCUAUAUAUAUUACCCAAUGCUUGUUGUCAUUCUCUGUAUUGCUACAUACUUUAGUUUAGGAACUCGUUGUUUGAAUCUUCUGGGAUUCCAGCAGUUCAUGGGGGAUAGUGAAAUGACCUCUGAUUUGAUUGAUGAAGGAAAAGAGCUAAUCAGAAGAGAGAAAAGAAAACGACAAAGGCAGGAAGAAGGUGAAAACAGAAGGAGGGAAUGGAAGGAGCGAUAUGGAAAUAGAGACGAUUCUACUAGAAACAGAGUUGUCCACACAGACCAAAAAGAAUCCAGCUUCUCAGAGACCAGCACCAAUAGAGCAUUAUCAAAGUAUACCCGAUCAAAUGGCAGGACCGAAAGAGAUAGAAUAGAACUCCUCCAGGAUGCAGAACCUUUGGAUUUUAAUGCAGACUCAAUUAAUGAUGACCCACUUGAAUCAGAUUCAGGAAGGUACCAGCCUGGUGGAAGAUACCUGUCAAUGUCUCGAAGCAAAAUAUUUGAUGAUGUCUAA